GCCCUCUCCCCCUCCCCUUGUUCUCAUAUGCCUGCCUUGUUGCUCCUUCGUUUCUCUGCUCCACUGCAAGCUUGAGAAAGAUCGAAAUGGUGAUCGACCAGGAAUCCCCCAACAAAGAGCUCGAUCUCAAGAAUAGACGAGGAGGAGGAGGAGGGCUGGAGGAUGACAGCCGGUGCCCCCGCUGGCUGCGCCCACUGCUGUCGACGAGGUUCUUCAUCCAAUGCAAUCUCCACGCGGACUCCAACAAGACCGAAUGCAAUAGGUACUGCCUCGACUGCACCAACGGCGCCCUCUGCUCGCUCUGCCUCGCCCAUCACCACGGCCACCGCACCACCCAGAUACGGCGAUCGUCCUACCACGACGUGAUCCGCGUUUCCGAGAUCCAGAAGGUGUUGGACAUCACCGGCGUGCAGACGUACAUCAUCAACAGCGCCCGCGUGGUGUUCCUGAACGAGCGUCCCCAGCUGAGGCCCGGCAAGGGAGUCACCAACACCUGCGAGGUCUGCGAGCGGAGCCUCCUCGACUCCUUCCGCUUCUGCUCCCUCGGCUGCAAGAGAGCCGGCACAGCCAACGAUCACAGCAAGAAGAAGUCAAUGAAGCAGAAAGCAAUGGCGGCGGCGGCACCUUCGGACUCGGAAGAGUCGUACGCUAGCAGCCGCGGGAGCGAGAAGAGCAACGUGAGUCAGGGCUUCACCCCAUCCACCCCGCCGCCGGCCGGCACCCGGAGCGCCAAAAGGAGGAAGGGCAUUCCCCACAGGGCCCCCUUUGGUAGCCUCCUGUUGGAAUUCUAGGUCGCGCUCAUCACCACUAGCUAUAGUGUCAUCGCUACCAAGUCAACCACUCCUAUCUACCAACACAGCAAGCCUCAUGAUAGCAGCUGAGGAUCACCCGUUCUCCUGGAGGUCGGCCUACCUUAUGCUCACGCAUACGGUAUUACUUACUAGUGGCAAGUCGUUCAUGUACUACUACUUUCCGGUGACUGUGUCAUUUUACGAUAUGAUGGAUGAUGAUGCAUGGGAGGGUACUCCUUGUCCCAAAGUUUUGUGAUGAUAUAUAUAGUUCGUGUACAAAGGA